AUGGCCGGUGCGGCGGAGGAGGAGCUGAAGCUCGAGGCCGACGACUUCAAGUUUAAGGUGGAAGGGAUAGUGAAGCAAUUAGCGGUAGCAGGAGAUCACGAUAAAAUUACUGCGGUGAUCAAUUUGUUGACCACCGAGUUUACCUACUCGGCUGAGGCAAAUCAUCGCAAACUGUUUCAAAGGUACUGGAGAAGUACCCACUUGAAUGAAGAAUUAGAAGCUGCUGCAAAUAAUCAUAAUCAUAAUGGGCCGACGGGAGAAACCGAGCUUAGCGUUGAGGCUUCUCCGUCCCCCAUGCUUGAAGUAUCUGAGGUUUGA